UCCGCCUCUACGUUGCUGCCACCACUUCCGGUCCACUCCCGGAAGUCCCGCAGUGGAGCCAAAUUUGAAGCCUGCGGAGAGGCGGGGACGGGGGUGGGGGCGCGGUCGCAAAGCUGGACCCGUCGAGGUUUCCUUGGCUGCCUGACCCCCUUAGGACCAAUCAUCAUGCCUAUCCGUGCGCUGUGCACCAUCUGCUCCGACUUCUUCGACCACUCCCGAGAUGUGGCCGCCAUCCACUGCGGCCAUACCUUCCACCUACAGUGCCUAAUUCAGUGGUUUGAGACAGCACCAAGUCGGACCUGCCCACAGUGCCGAAUCCAGGUUGGCAAAAGAACCAUUAUCAAUAAGCUCUUCUUUGACCUUGCCCAAGAGGAGGAGAGUGUCUUAGAUGCAGAAUUCUUAAAGAAUGAACUGGAUAAUAUCAGAGCCCAGCUUUCCCAGAAAGAGAAGGAGAAAAGGGAUAGCCAGGUCAUCAUCGACACUCUGCGGGACACCUUGGAAGAGCGCAACGCCACUGUGGAAUCUCUGCAGAAGGCUUUAGACAAGGCCGAAAUGCUAUGCUCCACCCUCAAGAAGCAGAUGAAGUACUUGGAGCAGCAGCAGGAUGAAACCAAACAAGCACAGGAGGAGGCCCGCCGGCUCAGGACCAAGAUGAAGACCAUGGAGAGGAUUGAGCUCCUACUCCAGAGCCAGCGGCCCGAGGUGGAGGAGAUGAUCCGAGACAUGGGUGUGGGACAGUCAGCGGUGGAGCAGCUGGCUGUGUACUGCGUGUCCCUCAAGAAAGAGUAUGAGAAUCUAAAAGAGGCACGGAAGGCCUCAGGGGAGCUGGCUGACAAACUGAAGAAGGACUUAUUUUCUUCCAAAAGCAAGUUGCAGACAGUCUACUCUGAACUAGACCAGACAAGGUUGGAGCUGAGGUCAGCGCAGAAGGACUUACAGAGUGCUGACAAGGAAAUCACGAGCCUGAAAAAAAAGCUAACGAUGCUGCAGGAAACCCUGAACCUGCCACCAGUGGACAGUGAGACUGUCAACCGCCUGGUUUUAGAGAGCCCAGCCCCUUUGGAAAUGCUGAACCUGAAGCUUCGCCGACCAGCCUUCGGUGAUGAUAUUGACCUCAAUGCCACCUUUGAUGUGGACACCCCUCCAGCCCAGCCUGCCAGCAUCCAGCAGGGCCGUGCCAAGAAGCUCUGCCAAGAGAUAGCACACUCUCCUGUUCAGGACAUCCCCAAGAAGAUGCCCAAUGACCCCAAGCAGGAGUCCCAGCUCUUGCUGGGCGGCCAGCGCUGUAUGGGAGAGCCAGAUGAGGAGCUGGCUAGUGCCUUUCCUGUCUUCAUCCGGAAUGCUGUCCUAGGCCAGAAACAGCCCAAGAGGGCCAAAGCAGAGCCCCGUCGCAGCACAGAUGCCGUAAGGACUGGCUUCGAUGGUCUUGGAGGUCGGACAAAAUUCAUCCAACCUACUGACACAACUAUGAUCCGCCCACUGCCUGUUAAGCCCAAGCCCAAGGCUAAGCAGAGAGUCAAGGCAAGGACAGUGCUCCCUCCCUCCCAGGCCAAACUGGACACCUUCUUGUGGUAGUGAGAACAGUGAGUCUGAUCAGUGGCCAGAUAUAUGCCUCCAACUUAUAGGCCAGGACUGGCUCAGCAGGAGGUUUUGGGGGCACGGCCCCUCCUCCGGGACCAGCCCUGAGGGCAAGGGUAGACGAAAAGAUGGGGAUGAGGGUGAGGCCCAGGAACUGUGCUUUUCCUGAACUUGUCCUGCCCACCCCCACCAUACUGGGUCUACCGUACUGGGCCUACAUGUGGUUACCGAUGUGAGACCAGCAGGACCUGCUGUCUGUUAAAGGCUCUUGUUUAUAGCCAGAUGUAGCCGGGCUGCUUCUGGUUCUCCAGGUCUUUUGUUGACUGUAUGGACCAAAGUGCUUGAGGCUUCUCAGGCAAUUUCAGCCUGCCCCAUGCUUCUGCCAGCUUCUGACUUGCUGCUAGGCAUGGCCGGAGCCAAGCAGGGUGGGGAGCGAGGGGAUGGUGGUGGGAGAGGAUAGGGGGGAAGACUUCUAUGUAAAAUAAAAAAGAUAGAAUACUUUCUUCCUGGCUCUGGGAGUGUAAAUUUGCACCAACACUUUAGAAAACCAUUUCGCAUAAGUUUGUAAAGUGGGACCUUCAC